AGCAUAACCCAUUUUUUUUAUUAUAAAUAAAGCCCUUCUUACCACCUUCACAACACAAACAAAUUCUCGAACUUACUAGCCAAGUACUUUCAAAACCUAGUAAUCUGCUGUCUGAAGAAAAACACAAACACAAAAACAUAUUUAUAUCAAUGGCACCAGUUAUGAAUCAAUCCAACGGGAGCUUCAGGAAGUCGAAGGCUGUUGAGGCCGGCAAAAAGAAAGCGUUCGUGACGUUCUUGGGAGGUGGCGGUGACUAUGUGAAGGGUGUGGUUGGGCUGGCUAAGGGACUGAGGCAAGUUAACUCAGCCUACCCUCUUGUGGUGGCUGUGCUGCCUGAUGUUCCGCAAGAGCACCGCCUUCUGAUGGUGCAGAGUGGGUGCAUUCUGAAAGAUAUUGACUGGGUGCAGCCACCGAAGAUUGACAAGUCGAUAGGGUGGGCUCAUGAGCAUUUUGCCAUCAACUACUCCAAGCUUCGCAUCUUCCAGUUCGAGGAGUAUAGCAAGAUGGUAUACUUGGAUGGGGAUAUUCAAGUAUACGGCAACGUGGACGAGCUGUUUGACUUGCCGAAUGGCCAUUUGUAUGGCGUUUUGGAUUGUUUCUGUGAGUGGCAUCAUUCCCCGCAGUACAAGAUUGGCUACUGCCAACAGUGCCCUGAUAGAGUGCAGUGGCCAGCCGAAUUGGGUCAGCCUCCUUCCUCUUAUUUCAAUGCUGGAAUGUUCGUGUUCGAGCCGAGUCAAGCCACUUAUGAUGAUAUGAUGCACACUAUCAAAAUCACUCCUCCUUCGGCCUUCGCUGAACAGGACUUGUUGAACAUGUACUUCAGGGGAAUUUUCAAGCCGAUUCCAAAUAUUUACAAUCUUUUAGUUCCAAUGUUGUGGACUCAUCCGGAGAAUGUGGAGCUUGAGAAAGUGAAAGUUGUUCAUUUUUGCGCAAAUGGCUCGAAGCCGUGGAGAUACACUGGAAAGGAUGAGCAUAUGGACAGGGAAGAUGUGAAGAUGCUCGUGAAGAAAUGGUGGGACAUUUACAACGACGAGUCGUUAAGCUACAAGAAGCCAUUGGCAGCGAACGUCGGAGUUAAGGUUCCGAAAGAUCUUUCGGACAAGGAGAAGAGAGGCUUGCGUCCUAUGGUCACUGGUGUAGUUAAGGUUCCUGCUUCGUAGUGCUGCAACUUAAGUUGUGUAAUAAGGCGAGUAAUUAGUAGCUUGCGGUGUGUAUCGAUUUUUCAGUUUGGUUGUAUAUGUUUGAAUUCUUAUUUAUAUAAUAUUCAGAAUUUGUAUA